UUCUCGUGCUUCUGCUUCGUAACAAAGCAAGGCAAAAGGAUCAGGAGGAAAAAGAUGCCUUCUUCAUUACAUUCGGCGGCAUUUCAACUGAAUUGUUCUCUACACAAGCGUUCCUUCUCAGAAAGAUUUUAUCAUUUCAAAACUACUGAUCCCUCCUCUAUUCUCAAGCCAUUUUCAAGAGAUUUGCAGCUACUUCCUCUGCAAAUUGAUGUCUGCAAAACCAUCAAGAACACUUCUCUGAAACUGUUGGAUGCUUUUGUUGAUUCCUUUUUCGAGUUUGUUGACCAGCCAUUGCUCCCAUCGCAGAGCAACUUUGCUCCGGUUGAUGAAUUGAAGGAGGCAGUUGUUGUCAGCAGCAUUGAAGGAGAGAUUCCAUAUGAUUUUUCGGAAGGUGUCUACGUAAGAAACGGAGCAAAUCCUCUUUUCGGGGGACUAAAAUCGGCGACUUCUAUAUUAGGGAGGUCAAGCCACAUUUGGGUAGAAGGAGAAGGAAUGCUUCAUGUUUUAUAUUUUGAUAAAGGUAGUGAUGGAAACUGGACUGUUGUCUACAACAACAGAUAUGUCGAAACUGAAACGUUCAAGCUUGAAAAACAAAGAAACAAGCCAUCUUUUCUUCCUGCAAUAGAAGGCAGUUCAGCAGCAGUAGUAUCAGCUUACUUGCUAAAUCUGCUUCGAUUUGGAAAAGUUAACAAGUACAUAAGCAACACAAAUGUUUUCGAGCAUGCUGGGAAGUUCUACUCUGUUGCUGAAAAUCACAUUCCUCAAGAAAUUGACAUCUUCACCCUCAAAACUUUAGGCAACUGGGAUGUCAAUGGAUCCUGGAAUCGACCUUUUACUAGCCACCCCAAGAGAGCACCAGGUACAGGGGAGCUGGUUGUGAUGGGGGUGGAUGCUAAAGAACCUUUCAUGGAAUUGGGAGUAAUUUCUGCUGAUGGAAAGAGAAUGGUUCAUAAAGUGGAUCUCAAAUUGAAAAGGUGUACCCUUUGUCACGACUUUGGAGUUACACAGAGGUAUAAUCUGAUCUUGGAUUUUCCACUAACCUUGGACAUAUACCGACUCAUUAGAGGAGGCCCGUUAAUACAGUAUAAUAAGGAAGAUUAUGCAAGGAUUGGGAUAAUGCCUCGCUAUGGUGAUGCAGACUCAAUACAAUGGUUUGAGGUAGAACCAAAUUGCACAUUUCACAUUCUCAAUUGUUUUGAGGAUGGUCAUGAGGUUGUAGUGUGGGGGUGUAAGGCUCUUGACUCAAUCAUACCAGGACCUGAUAUGGGCUUAAAUAAGUUCGAGUGGUUUUCAAGGAGGUUUAGACAUAUAGAAUCAGAUAUUAAUACUGCUGAAGAUGGAUUAUUAUUUUAUCGCUGCCACGAAUGGCGAUUAAACAUGAAAACUGGAAAGACUAGAGAAAGAUAUCUCUCAGGAACGGAAUUCUCCAUGGAUAUGCCAAUGAUCAAUGGAGACUUUACAGGAGUUAAAAAUAAAUAUGGCUACACCCAAAUUGUUGACUCUGAGGCCAGCUCUAUUUCAGGCAUGACAAAAUAUGGAGGUCUAGCCAAAUUAUACUUUGCAGAGUCAGAAAACAAAUUUGAUGAGCUGAUAAAGGUGGAAUACCAUAAAUUUGAGAAGAACACCUUCUGCACUGGAGCUGCUUUUGUUCCUAAAAGACCAAGUCUUGAAGAAGAUGAUGGUUGGAUCAUCACUUUUGUUCACGAUGAAGAUACUAAUGUGUCUAAAGCUUGUAUAAUUGACACAAAGAAGUUCACCAGUGAACCAGUUGCCAAAAUCACACUGCCAUGCAGAGUCCCGUAUGGUUUUCAUGGAGCUUUCAUGCCAAUUCCAUUCUCAAACUUGAAAACACCAUAAGAUGUACAAGUUCCCAUAAAAUUUGCUCCUCUGAUCAGCUCUGUAAGGAGUAAAUCCCAUGUGAAUACCCCUUUGGAUAGGAACGGGGAGACCAACAUCUACACAAGUGAAAAGAAUCAUUGUAAAAUUUGAUAAAACAAAGGGAAUGUAUUUCUGACAA